AUGUCGACGACAGCCGUUUACACUCCGCAAGCGAUUUCCUCUGACAAGUCAAAGACAAAAGGAUCAGUGCCAGACAAGAUGCCACAUGCGACGGGCUCCGAUGGGGUAGAGUCCGAUGAUGAGGACUUCAACAAUGUGAUGCGCGAGAUCAACGCGCCGACUAACGAUGCUUCAUUUGAUUUCUUACAGCGAGAACUGGAGCCCGGAGAGAAGGCAGACGAUGCGGUGGAUUACGAGGAUAUUGAUGAUGAUGAUGACCUUCCGGAUGAAGAAAUCGGUCUCCCUCCCGUUGGGGGAGAAGAUGGGAAGACGAGAGAGGUAAAUAACGAGUGGGGCGCAAUGGAAGGCCUGGAAGGUUUUCUGACAGCAGGGGAUAUGGAGGGUCAACCGGUGGGGGAUGAACUCGAUGAUUUAUUUGGGGAUGUCCCUUCAUCGCCCGUAGGUGAACAGAAGGAUCAAAAUGGCGCUCUGCCACAGGCUAUGCCAGACGAGAUGGUUCCCGAUUCCAUUGUUGAUCCACUCGAGGCUACGCCACUGGUAAAGGAGAAUGGAAUAGUAGAAACCGCACAUGAACAGGAUAGAGACUCUACUGUAACUCCUACAGAUAUGGAUCCAGCCACCUUCAAGGAAUACCAGCUCCAGCAAGCGCUCUUUGCGAUGUCAACGUACGGGCCUGAUAACCCUCCCGCUCCCCCAGAGAACCAUGAGGAGCUCCUUGCAUCUCUUUGGCCCAAAUUUGACCGGAAUGCAAUGCCACGAUUCCUCGAACUUCUACCCCCGAAGAAGUCCCAUUUUGUAGGCAAAUUACCCCUAAAGCCACCGAAACGGAUUGUUCCUACAAAACUCAAUCUCGAGCUGGCUCAGGACCAGGAACGAGCGUUUCGCACCACUGGCCAAACUCAGAAGCGGGCGUUGGAUGCGGACAAUCCCUCCAUUGUCGUUAUUACUCCUCUUACCGACGCGUCGUGUAGUUCAAGUGAUGUAAUGGAUAUCACUGAUGACCCAGACGAAGAGCUCCCUGGUGGAGUUACUAUGCAAGACCUUCAAGUUCUCUGCGCUGAUUGGGAUAUAAAGACUCCAGUGUCUGAGGAAGAGAAAGCGGAGGCCGUCCCAGACAUUCUGGAAAAUGAGGAGCCUGGUACAGACGAUGAUGAAUGGUUAUUUGAGACUAACCGUCCAACUAAAAAGCGCAAACUGGAAAAAUCGCCUAAGGACUACAUUACUUACUCUCAAAUAGACAUUCCGUAUUUUGACGACCCAAUCAGUGCGACCGCCGGGGUUGCUAGGAAGAUACAUCUUGACAUGAAUGACCCGUACUUGUUGCUCGACGAACGCGCGACGGAAGCAGCAUUACAAAGUCCCAAACAUCUGGGGGCUGUGAAUCGAGAUGAAAUGGCUGGAAGUUUCACAAAACGUCUGAUUAAACGAUACAAUAUCUCUAAUGACGAUGCCUACGAUAUGCUCAAAGAAAACCAUCAAAACAAAGUUAGAAGCACUCUCGGGAGUGUGGCGCUUGAGCAUAGUUUGCCAGCUGUCCGUCUCCAAUGGCCGUACUACAAAACGAAACUCGCGAGACAAGAGGCUCGAUCUUUCCAUCGUCCAAGUUUAAGCUUUUUCCCGAAUCUCCCCGUUUACUUCAAAAAGCCGUUAUAUAUUAAGCGAAAGCAUCAGAGGGGCAAAGAUGUAAAGACUUUAUACAGCUCAACAAAAUCCUUGUCUCUUGCCGAUAAUUCACACGUUCUUUUGCUGGAGUACUCUGAAGAGCAUCCAACAAUGAUGUCCAAUUUCGGAAUGGGAAGCCGAUUCAUCAACUACUAUCGACGGAAGAACAUGGAGGAUCCUGCUCGCCCUAAGGCUGAGAUUGGAGAGACUGCUGUACUUCUACCCCAGGACAAAAGCCCGUUCUCCAUAUUUGGGCACAUUGAUCCUGGAGAAACUACUGCCACGAUAGCGACUGGAAUGUUCCGAGCACCUGUAUUCCAACAAGAGGCAAAACCAACCGACUUCCUUGUGAUACGCAACAGCACUGGUAUUGAUGGGUCAAGUUAUUACAUCAGGAAUAUUGAAUAUAUCUACGUCGCUGGUCAAGCGUUCCCAUCGGUCGAUGUACCGGGUCCGCAUUCGCGGAAGGUCACAACAGCCUCCAAGAAUCGGCUGAAGAUGAUAUGCUAUCGGCUUCUCAGGAAAAAUAAGAACCACAGGAUCAGCGUUGCUGACAUCACUGAACAUUUCCCGGAAUCAAGCGAUAUGCAGAAUCGACAAAAAAUGAAAGAAUUCCUACAGUUUUCCAAGGACCAUAAAGAAUGGGAGAUGAGACCCGGAGAGCCUAUUCCUGAUGAGGAUGUUUUGCGCAGCUAUGUAAAGCCAGAAGACAUUUGUCUUCUUGAAGCUAUGCAAGUUGGCCAGCAACACCUUCACGACGCAGGUUACGAUAACGAUGAAGAUGAUGCAGAUGACGAUGAGAAGGAGGGUGAAAGUUUGGAACAACAGCUGGCCCCGUGGAAAACCACCAAGCAUUUCUUAUCUGCCACUCAGGGGAAGGCAAUGUUACAGAUACAUGGAGAAGGAGAUCCCACUGGGCGCGGAGAAGGGUUUAGCUUCAUCAAAACUUCUAUGAAAGGAGGCUUUAGGGCUGUUGGAGAGAGUGUUGAAGAUAAACUGGAUGCUCAGAGACUGAAAGAGAAUGGUGGCCAUAGCUACAACGUUGCUCGACAGCAAAAAUCCUACGAGGAGUCGAUCCGUCGUGUCUGGGAUGCACAAAAAUCAAGCUUAUCCUCCACUAUUGAACACUCGGAUGAUGAAAGUGAUAUUGACCACGAAGAGACAGAUGAGAUAUUUUCUCACCCAAGAGCGAGGUCGGAGCGCCCAACUCCGGGGCUAGGUCGCCGUGAUGAUGAGACUACCAGUCAAUUUAGUCGCAUGAGCACUUCUAGCCAGACUGGCAAGAUUAUGAAAAUUACGCGCAAGAUACGUAACUCGAAGGGCGGCUACGAUGAAGUUCAGGAGAUUGUUAAGGAUCCCCGCGUGAUCAAACAGUACGCAAAGCAGCGGCAUGAAGCUGAAUCGCGGAACCUCAUACUUGGUGAUAUCAAACCAACGGGCGACCCUGAAACAGAUGCUCGCCGCGUGAAACAGCUUCACCUCGAACUUCAACGUCUUCAACGCAACAAGGAGCGUCGCCAUGCCCGCGAGAGACAAAAAGGCAUUACGACUGACAGCCCCGUAAGGUCCCCUGGGGCUGUGGCCUCCCCGUCCACGACUGGCCCGAAGGGAGGAGGAACGCAAAGAAAAUGCGCAAACUGUGGUCAAGUCGGACACAUCAAAACUAACAAAAAGCUCUGUCCCCUCUUGAACGGUACGAUGAAGGCCGAAGACGGUACUAGCGGCUCCGCAUUUGCCAUGGGAGCACCUCCAGCGCUAUAA